UAAUAAAAAUACUUAUGCCAUCGCAUUUUAAAAAAUGUUACCAAUUUCGAAAUCUUAAAAGAAGCAUGAAGAAAUGCUACCCAUCAAAAUAGUUACCUCUUCGAAAUGAGCAACUCCUCCCCCCGGAUAUUUUUUUAUUUCAUUAAAAUCAACAAAAAUGUUCUAAAAUAUUCUAAAUGAUCAAGUUACAGAAAAUACUCUUUAUAUUACUGAUAUUUGCACGACAAUCAACAAUUGCAUAGAAAUAAAAUGCACGCAGCUUAAAAACAACAGUUUUUUCGACAAAUUAGAAAAUCACAAUUUUCUUAUGUUGUUCGUUUCUCACAUAUUUUUUUAUCAUUUGUAUUUCUUCUGAUUUCCCGCUACGCAUCAUCCAUAAUAUCUGCCGAGAGGGCGUUCAGAUUCUAAAGCCACGCGAUUCAUAAGACUGGCAGGUCUUUAAUAACAUCUAUUCGAUGCUUGUGUGAGUGACUGAAUGAAUGUCAUCACACAUCACACAUGUAGUAUUACUCCGUUUAUUUAUAUUAUAGUAAACUGAAGAAAUGACAACUUUAGAAAUAUUACGUAGGAAUCACAGAAACAGAUGUAAUUUAUCGCAAAAAAACUCGUAAAUAAAGUGAAGUGCAUUGAGAAAACUAGACGAGGAUGCUGUUGCAUACGAUGUAAAUAUAUAAAAUGAUAGAAUAAAUAUACAAAAUGCUUGGGAAAACGAGAUAACUCGUAAAGUCACGAAGAGAAAACAAGAAAAAGUUUCACACAUCUCUGUUCCACAGAAAAAAAUUAUAUUGUUUAAUUGAAUUUCUGGAGCAUCUUUUACAAGUAUUGUAUAUUUUUAUAUGUCUUACGUAACAAAAUUUAAAGUUAUCUGCUAUGAUUGACAUAGACAUAGAUAUGUUUUAUAUUGUACCACCAAAUGGAGAGAUACCUCUUUACAUUUUGGAAGAAUGUAUUUUGACUAGAUUAAAUUAUUUAAGACUUCUGAGUGAAGGAUCUGCUAAUGAAUUUGAUGGAAAAUUUGAAUAUUUAUUAGAAAAUUCUACUUAUGAUAAAAUUGGACACUUUGUAUUACGGCUAUUAUCUUCCAUUUCAUCAGAUCUAUGUGUAUAUUGGCUAGCUAAAGAAUCAUUAUUAUUUAAACAUAGAUUAAAUAAUAUAUCACCUAGACAACUACAUAAAUUAUUAAAACAAAUUACAUGGAAACUACAAUUAUUUAAAAGUGAGAAAAGUGCAAUAGACUCAACUCUGAUUGAAUUAUGCAAAUUCUAUUUGCAGCCUUUAGUUUUCAAACAUUUAAUAUCAAAUUGUCACGAUUGCAAUGAUUUUCAAUAUGAAGUAAGAUUUGAAAUAGUACCAGAAUUGGUGAAAGAGAGGGAACUAGUCCUUAAUAAUGGAAAUGUUGUCACAAAUUGCUCAAAUUGGAAAAAAGUACUUCAAUCAUUAUUCAGUAAUUACAUAAUUAAUGAAAUGAACAUCAUGAAGAAACAAGCGCAGCAUACCAUAAAACGUGAUCUUAGAUUCCAUAUUUUAAAUCAGAAAAUUCAAUCUUAUCUCUUCAAGGAAGGUAUUCCUCAUGGAAAUGUAACAGUUGAUAACAUAGAUGCGGAAGCACAGAAAUUUCCAUUGUGUAUGCAACAUUUACAUUCUCUGCUAAGAAGCAGACAUCGUCUCAGUCACUAUGCGCGCUUGUACUACAGCCUCUUUUUGAAAGAAGUAGGAAUGACCCUGGAAGAUUCAAUUGUAUUUUGGAGGCAGGAAUAUUCCAAGCCACACACUUGUACCAUGGGGUGUUCGCACAAUUGGCAAUCCAAUGAGAAAAAAUUCAUAUACAGCAUCAGACAUAUGUAUGGUUUAGAGGGAGCGCGAAAAAAUUAUAAAACACCUGACUGCAACUCAAUUUGUGCUGGUAUCAGUGGAGCAACAUACGAGGGUGGUUGUCCAUUCAAGGAUUUUGAUAUGAGUGCAUUCAAAAAUCUUUUACAGGCUUCAUUAACUCAAGAGGAAAUAGAGAAAUUUGUAAAUAAUAUAUCUAUUAAAGAUCCAGAAGUUCUCUGCACAGCAUUUCUAAAACUUAUACGUAAAGAUGACAUUAAUGAUGUCAUCAUCAAAAGUCCGGUACAAUAUUACCAAAGAAUGAUUGAUUAGUAUUGAUCAGUUUCCUAUUGAAGAACUUGUAUUUGAGCCAGUAAUUUUUAUCAUUAUUUGAUCCAUGUUGAAGAAUUAAUAUAAAUACAAUAAAUUAUAUUUAUAAUAAAUUAUUUAAGUAAUCAUUGUUUACUGAACGACCGCAAAGCAUCUUCUACAACAUGACAACUUAC